AGAUAUUAUAACAUGAAUUAACUUAAAAUUAGUAUCCUAAAACAACUAUAAUAUAAAAGAAUUAAGAAGAUUGGAAGAAUUAUAAUGAAGAUCCAUUAGGUAAACCAAAAAAUUUAGCAUAAUUAAAUUAAAGAAUGCCAUAAAUAUUUGGAGAGAUGAAAAAAACUGAAUAGUGGACAGCUGGAUAAUGUAUAAAUGGUUAGCCUACUUAAAAGGAAGUUUAACAUGAUAUAGAUUUAGGAAAAGCAAUUAAAUUUGGUUUUAGAAAUUAACCAAAACCAGGAGAUGAAACUAGAGCAUUUGGUGUACCUGCAAUAAGAAAUGAUAUAAUAAAAAAGGGAAUGAAAUCAGUAGCAGAUCCUUAGAAUUAUGGUGAUGAAGUACCUGCUGUUGCUUUAUUAUUUCCUGAGAAAUUCUCACAUAUGGGAUUGUCAGAAUAAGAUUUUUUAAGUUUAAGAAGGAAAUAAGAAAUUAAAGAAAUUUUUGAAUCUAUAGGUAUUAAAUAUGGGAUUGGGAAAUUUGAAGGGAUAUUUAAGAGAGCAAAAGAAAUAGUAUUUUUAUUUAAAAUAAAUUAAAGCAAAAUAUUAAUGAUGACAAAGUAUCUGUAAAAGGAUUUUAAUUAGCAGUAUAAGAGAUGCAUCAUAUUGAUUGA